ACUUGCAAUAGGACAAAUAUUGUCCAACCCGGCACACAUCCAUUCUAUACAUGUCUGUGCAAGAAAUGCAUGGUGAAUCGAAGUAAAUCACCUGUAGAUGGAGAAUACACAGCACAAAGUUUUGGAGAUUAUGUUUCCUCUAGGAUUACUUCUUCUUCUUCUUCUUCUUCUUAAGUUCUCACCAGCAAUAGCAAAUGAACAAGAACCAGCUGCAGUUGGUCUGAGGAAUAUGGAUGACGAGCAAAGCAGCUUACAGACUUACAUCGUCUUCACCAAGAAACCGGAAGCUGCCGGGGCUAAUUCUCUACAGCAUGAAGAUUUAAACGCUUGGUAUCAAUCAUUUUUACCAACCGCCACAAGCUCAAACCACCAGCCUCAAAUUGUCCAUACAUAUCGAAACGUGGUCACGGGUUUUGCAGCAAGAUUGACACCUGAACAAGUGAAAGCCAUGGAAGGCAAAGAAGGAUUUUUAUCUGCUCAAGCCGAAAGGAUGUUGGCUUUACAAACUACUCACACUCCUUACUUCUUGGGGUUAACGAAAAACCGAGGAUGGGAAUUAUGGAAGAAUGAAUCAAAUUACGGCAAGGGGGUGAUAAUUGGUGUUGUGGACACAGGGAUUUGGCCUGAUCAUCCUUCAUUUGGAGAUGAAGGUGUUCCUCCUGCGCCUGAUAAAUGGAAAGGGAAGUGCGAGCUCAAUGGGACUGUGUGCAAUAACAAGCUAAUUGGGGCAAGAAAUUGCAUACAUGGUGAUGCUAAUACUUUGUCACCCUAUGAGGUCGGCCAUGGCACCCACACAUCAAGCACAGCAGCUGGAAAUUUUGUGAAAGAUGCCAAUGCGUAUGGAAAUGCCAAUGGCACGGCCGUUGGCAUGGCCCCUCAUGCCCACUUGGCCAUUUACAAAGUUUGCUCCAUCGAAGGUUGCAAUUCCAGUGACAUGUUAGCUGGACUUGAUGCCGCGGUUGAAGAUGGUGUGGAUGUUAUCUCCAUGUCCAUAGUCUAUUACCAUAAUGACUACAUUCCUUUUCAUGAAGAUGCAAUUGCAUUGGGUGCAUUUGGCGCAACCCAGAAGGGGAUUUUGGUCAGCUGUUCGGCUGGGAAUAUCGGACCUGAACAUAAAACUUUAUCAAAUGAAGCUCCUUGGAUUCUCACUGUCGGAGCAAGCACAAUUGAUAGAACCAUAAAAGCUACCGCACGGCUACGGAAUGGAGCCGAAUUUGGUGGUGAAUCCGUUUACCAACCUAAAGAUUUUCUUCCUGUAUUGCUACCUCUAAUCUAUGCAGGUUCAAAUGGGAACCGAUCUUCAGCUUUUUGCAAAGAUGGCUCGUUGAGGAACAUGGAUGUAAAGGGAAAAAUAGUUUUGUGUGAAACUGGUGGACCGGUUUCAAUAAUUGCACAAGGCUACGAAGUGAGAAGUGCUGGUGGUUCUGCUAUGAUUGUCAUCAAUAGAAAGCAAGAUGGGUAUACCACUUUGGCAGAAGAUCAUGUGCUUCCGGCAACUCAUUUGGAUUACGCUUCCGGGUUGAAGAUCAAAGCCUAUAUAAAUUCAACCCAGAAUCCAAAGGCCACAAUCUUAUUCAGAGGAACUGUGAUAGGAGAAUCAUCAUCUGUUGCUCCAGCAGUACCAUUCUUCUCAUCAAGAGGCCCAAGCAAAGCUAGCCCUGGAAUUUUGAAACCGGACAUCAUUGGUCCAGGUGUCAGCAUCCUAGCUGCAUAUCCAUUUCCAACAGACAGCAACAUUGCAAGAAAGAAAACAUCGAUGUUUAACAUACUGUCAGGAACUUCAAUGUCUUGCCCUCAUCUCAGUGGCAUUGCUGCUUUGCUCAAGAGCUCUCACCCUUACUGGUCACCAGCUGCCAUUAAAUCCGCCAUCAUGACAACUGCUGAUGUAGUUAACCAUCAUGGCAAGCCCAUUGUUGAUGAAAAGCGCUCUCCUGCUGACGUCUUUGCCAUUGGUGCAGGCCAUGUGAAUCCUUCCAAGGCAAAUAAUCCUGGUCUCAUUUAUGAUAUUCAGCCGGAUGAUUACAUUCCUUAUCUUUGUGGAUUGAACUACACGGACAAGCAAGUAGAGAUCAUCACGCAACGCACAAUUAAGUGUUCAAAGGUGGAAAGCAUAGCAGAAACGCAGCUGAACUAUCCUUCAUUCUCAGUGGUUUUGGGGUCCGAGAGUCUGAGUUUUACAAGGACAGUGACAAAUGUUGGAGAGGCUAAAUCAACAUACAAUUUGGAAAAGUUUGUACCUCCAGGAAUAGGCAUAAUUGUAAGACCUGAGCAAAUCGUAUUCAGUGAGGUUAACCAGAAAGCAACAUACACAGUGGAAUUCAUCCCACAUAGCCACAAACAAAUUGGCGAGAUAAACCCACAAAGCCACACUGGGAAGGACAGUAAGCGAUAUGCUGAGGGAUAUCUGAGAUGGGUUUCGGAUAAGUAUUCUGUUAGAAGCCCAAUAUCUAUCAUAUUUGCAUGAUAUUGUCUUAGAAGUCUUCGCGCUACUUCGUUAGACUAUAAUUAGAAUUUAUAAUAAAGCUAUUGCUGCAGCUACUUAAGUUA